GUGUCCGCAUGUCUGAAAAUCAGGCGAGGAACUACAAUUACAGUGUUGACGGAACGGGCCUGCCGAAACAAGGGAAUCACAAAUACAUUUUAAAGCGACAUCAAGAUCACUCAGAUUCGAGGAAGCCAUUGCAAGGAAACGCCUCCCUGCCUUGCCCCCUCCCCUCGGUUCUGCCCUUCUGCCACUCUCCAGUUCCCCCUUCCCUCAUGCUGUGGAUGAAGCAGCGCCACUGCCAGCCUGAUGACUGCCUGGAUUGUUCUGCCUGUCAGCUUGUCUGCCUUCUCCAUCACUGGAAUAUGGAUAGUCUAUGCUAUGGCUGUCAUGAACCACCAUGUUUGUCCAGUAGAAAACUGGUCGUACAACGUCACAUGCACAGAGGAACCCUCUAAACCAGGCUUUCCAAAGACAUGCUGCACCAUUCAGGAUAUCCCCCUCAUAAGUAAAUGUGGAUCCUUCCCUCCUGAAAGCUGUCUAUUCAGCCUGAUUGGUAACGUGGGAGCGUUCAUGGUUGUGAUGGUGUGCCUUUUGCGCUAUGCUCAGAUGAUUGAGCAUGGCCACGGCUGCUGGAUCAACACUGGUGGCCUGGUGGCUGGGUUCGGCAAUGCUGUUGGCUUAGUCAUGGUGGGGAAUUUCCAGGUGGACCAUGCUAAGACUCUCCACUAUGUGGGGGCUGGUGUGGCGUUCCCAGCCGGAAUGGUGUUCGUGUCCCUGCAGUGUCUGCUCACCUACCGGGUGGCCCUUACUGCCCUGGACUACUGGAUGGCACACGUUCGGGUUGGCCUGACUGUGGGCGCUCUGGUUUCACUCGUCCUCAGUGGUGCUUUCUUCAUCCACGAGAGCUUUGUCCUGCAGCAUGCAGCAGCCAUCUGCGAGUGGGUCUUCACUGUGGUCAUCCUAGUCUUUUAUGGUACCUUUACCUACGAGUUCGGCACUGUUACCAGCGAGACCAUGAUGGCCGGCCUGCAGCGCGCCUGCCACCAGAGCUCCAGCAUGAUCCUGGGCGGGAGCGAGCGGCUGGGGGGCCUCGGCAGCGGGAGUGCCAAGGGCCUCAAGUCCCCCGGGGGGAGCAGCACCUCCACCCACCUGAACUGCACACCAGAGAGCAUCGCCAUGCUGUAGGUCCCCGUCAACCCUGGUCACGUGUCCUGCGGAACGUACGCCGCUCCUGUGGAGGUGACCGGUACUUUUUAGAUGAAGUGGACCAGGAGAGAGAGAGAGAGAGAGGGGGAGGGGAGACUGAGGGAAAGAUGAUUGCUGCAUAAGGAUAGAGGAAUGUUUGAUGCCUGUGCUAGUUUUUGUGUGUGUGCGUGUGUAUGUUUGUUGUAUUAACCCGUCCGGGUGACCCUCAAUCUCAAGCCCUUUAGGAAGUGCUCUUGAGAAGAAUGUUCUACAUAGACAAACUUGAUUGCCAGAAAUUUACUAAAAAUGUUCACAAUGCUAGAUAUUUCGCACAUGAUCGCUGUACGUUUACCUCAAAUGUGAGGUAGAGAGAGCUUUGAGGCUUGGCCCCUUUCACGUUUUUAACCCUUCAGCAGGGGAGUUUUGAACAUUCUAAGAGAACAUUCUGUUCCGCAACAAUGUAGGGUUCUAAAAUUCCAUGUUGAAUUCAAUGAACCCAGAUAUUCUUUAGAGCGUUCAAUUUCCAACAUUCCCGUCACACCGGUGUGACGGUACCGGCUUAAGGGUUUUAAGACCCCUAGGUGGAUUUGUUUGGGGUUUGACAGGUCCCUGUGGUUCAGGAUGCUGGCAGUCCUUUCUCACAAUGGCAAAGCUGAUUACUUUUGCACACAACAAAAUUAAUACUGAGUUUCCUUUUGAGAAUAUUCUUGUUUUGUGAUCAAUGUAGAAUUAGAGAUGAUUUAUUGAACACUUCUAAUUUUGUAAUAGAGGUGGAGAUCUUGAAUUGUAAUAGAAAUGUGUAUGGGUUAAGAUGAAUCAUGAAUACAGCAUUGUUUUGUUUUUUUCACCACUCCACUAAAUAUAGCAAAGUUUUGCUCCUGGUCAUUGUAGAAAAGCACAUUAUGUUGGCAAUUUGAACGGUUAUUUUUAAGAUGAUUGCAUGUACAUACUGUUGGUAAAAAAAAAAAAAAAAUUUUCACCUUUGACGCCAUACUCAAAACAAGUGCCGUUGUCUGAGAUUAACAGUGACUUCAGCAAGAUUGUGAAACUGCAGCCGUUUUCCUAUCACUGUGGUAUGAUUGGAUACUACAAUUCAAUGUAUUUUUUGAGAUCUGUUUGAAUCAUUAUUAUCACAGAGGGCAUAUUCUAGGCAAUUUGUGCUGUUGUCGUUUCUAUACCAAUAUCUAGCUGCCAUGUUGUAUUCCUGCCUAUUUGUGUUAGCCAGGAUAGCACAGUAGUGCUGUAACUUACAGAGUACAGGAACAUUCUUUACUGCCUUUUUGCUUCACUGGUUCAUGUAGCAAAUUGCAUAGCCUACUCCUGGCCAAUGUCAACUGGAGAUGGCACUCUGAAUUGUCCACACUGAAACUGGCAAAUGUCUGUGCUGAUUGUUUUGGUGCCUAGGCUGGUUCCUGGGAAGCCUUAUUUUAACCACAACUUGUUUUAAGGUGGCAUUUAUGGAUGACCUCUGUGUCCAGUCAGACUCUUCAUGUUACUUCCUGUGUCGGAUACAAACAACAAUACAGAAACCACCACUAUGAUCAGUUUAGCCAUGCUAUAGAUCAUCCUCUCAGGUCCUGUCUACUUUGUCCUCAAGGCCAUAUGCUUUUGCUUUUGAUGGUGGCGUCCCCUGGUGGGCACUGGUGUGAACUACAACUCUGCCAUCCACACUGCCACACUUGUUUUUACCAAAUGCCAUUUACCACAAUGGGUGGAAUCUUUCUGACGCUGAGGUCCUUGAUAGAGCCAAAGCGCCACUGAAUACAACCUUCAUCUGCCGCAACAUGUUGAUUAUCCUCUAUUGUGUACAAUCACUGGAUGGUUGGAGAACCACACCAGAAGCAUUUACAAUUACUUUUACAUUAGCUACCUCUGAUUGCUGGCUAGCGUGCUUUUCAGGGGGAAGCGUGUGUGUUUGUGUGUGUGUGUAUGGGAGUGGGGGGUGUAUUUGACUCAGUAGUGUACAGAAGGAAAAAAACAUGCAUACUUUAUGGAUUUGUUUUUGUUGACCCUGGCCAUAAAUAUUACUAGAGAUUACUAUAUAUGGCUAGGUGGUCUGGUGUGUGUGUGUGUAAGGUAUUUGAGCUGUAGCCAGAGGGAUAAUCUUGUUUGAGACGUUUUACAAUGUUAUUUACCAGCAAAAAUCAACAUUUAAAAUCAGUUUAACAGAGGAAAGACAUAUGUGAUCACCACAAUUCUCCUCCAUGUUGCAAUAUAAGUGUCAAACAUGUUUUACCAUGUUGUAUUUUUGGCAUCUCAAUACUCACCUCCCUCUACAUUUUUGGUGUGUAUAUAGGCUCAUGGAAAUAUAUAUUAUCUGUGUGCUGUUCACCUCCGUAUGUAAGAAACAUAUACAGAGUAUUCCCUAAGCCUUACUUAUUUUUGUGUUGGAGCACUACAAGAUCAUUAGAAAAUGCACCAUACUUGUAUACAUGUAUAUGUCAGGGGUGCUUAUAAUUACAGUUUCAGUGGCUUUUCAUUAUUUUUCACUGUAAUGCACUCCCAAUGUUUUUAUCUUAUGUCUUUCAUACAUGGAGUCUUUCAUACAUGGAGUCUUUCAUACAUGGACUUAUCAUUGUUACUUUUCAUCUCUGUGCAGGAUGACGAUGAAUUGCUCUAUAGUUAAAUCAAAUGUUCACCUCAGUCCAGUUCAAAUUAGUUUUACUGGCAUGUAGUUUCAUCAAAGCAUUAAAUAGAUUGUCUCCAUAAACUGUUUUAAUGCAUCAAACAUUUCUGACCACAUUUGAACUACGAUUGGUGCCAAUUAUGUAAAAUCACCACGAACCUCUACUAUCCCAGCUUCCACUUCAGUGUGUUUUGAUGUCUAAAACCAAAACGAAUCCCACACAUGGCAUGUAAGAAGACGGUUCACAUUACUAUUCAAUAUUUCUGCAAUGGGUUACUGUAAAAUGUUGUUGUUACCAGAAUGUCAAACAUGAUGGUCUCCAAGCCCUUAACCCCUUUUUUGAUUCAUAAAAUACUUUACUGUGUAAACAGAAAAAGCACAUCUUGAAGCCUUGUUUUGAAGUCCCACCUUGACUUAGUUUUCACCCACUGUGAAUGUGAUCGGUUACGUAUUGUUUGGUUAAUGUGGCCAUUUUUGGGAAGGAAAUGUAAACAACAACAAAUGCCACCAGCUCUGAGAGCUUUUCUUUUUAAAAGUUGCAUUUCUAUCUGUUCUACUGUUUGUAAGUCUCUUUUUAAAAUACAAAAACACAAUGAUAUUUUUAUGUGGUGAAUUUGGAUAAUUGAGUGGGUGAAACUAGACUCAACCAAAUGUCAGUAAGAUAACAGUGACUGAAUGUUUUUUUUUUCUUCUUUUCUUGUAUAAAUGACUGAUUUGUGUUGCUUUCAAUUCUGAUUUCUUUUUGUCAAGAGAUUUAUAUUCAAGUAACAAAUAAACUGAAUCUGAAUUUG